AUAAAGCUGACUUCUAGCUAGAAAUAUUGCUCGUAAAGACCAAGAAGCUCAAGUCAUCUUCAUCUGCUACAAGUGCCCUUGAAAAUUAUCCUCCUCUGUAUUCUUCCCUCUUAACUCUUCAAGACCUAUCUUGUUUUCUAAACCUUAAAUCUUGUUUAACCAAAAUUAACUUGUCAUGGCUCAAACCAAUCAAAAACAAGCUCCAGAGAUAUAUGAACCGGCUUGUCAGGUGAAUCCACCACCUGCACCACCGAUAGGGUACCCUCAAGGUCACUAUGUUGCACCACCACCAAUUGAUUAUCCCACUAUGGAUGCACCACCGAUAGGGUACCCUCAAGGUCACUAUGUUGCACCACCACCAAUUGGUCAUCCCACUAUGGAUGAUUCAGGUUACCCUUCCCAGCAUACUCCAGAGACCAAAAUGACAGGAUCCAUUGAAAUUCAGUGUUGCUGCUUUGUCUGGAGGAAGUCCUAGGUUGUGCUACGUACUAGAUAUCAUAUGGACAUCUCGAUUUGCAUUUCGUGGGUAUAAAUGUUCCCUUUCAUUUGAAUAAAGAAAAAAGAAAAGAAAAUUGUGCUGUUAUAAUAUCAUAUGCUUAAUAGCAUAUAAAUACAUGCAAGGCUGUGUUUUUUCAGUAUAUAUCAUAUGGACAUCUCGAUUUGCAUUUCGUGGGUAUAAAUGUUCCCUUUCAUUUGAAUAAAGAAAAAAGAAAAGAAAAUUGUGCUGUUCUAA